AUGUCCAUGGCGCUCAAGUUGAACAAUUCUCCAGCAGACAACAAUCACCACCCAGCAUCAUCUCGAUUCGACGAUAACGGCGUCUAUUCCCCUUACAAGGCCGAGGGGAUCGCUUGGUACGGUCAGUACCGGUGCAAGCCGGGCCAGGAUCUCACCAGCCCGGGCUACUUUCGAGACCGGCACCUGCUGGCUGAAUGCGCUUGGGCGGGCAAUUGGCGCGGGGUCAUGGAGUUGCUGGGCAAAGCGCGCAGGGAGUAUAGGCAGAAUUGGAUCAAUUGCACUCCGAUAUACAAAGAGACCGAGAAACACAAGAUCACGAGUGGGUUCCGGCCGCUCCAUCAAGCCGCAUGGCACGGUGACAAAGCGGCCGUCGAGUCUCUUUUGAAAGAGGGAGCCUGGCGUGAGUCUCGUUCGAACGGAGCGAGCGACAAAGGAUUCGAGCGAACACAGCACGCCGUGGACAUUGCCCGCGACCACGGCUGGAAGGACCUCUACGACAGUCUCAGUCCCGUCAUCAGACGGCCCGUCAACCACAAGACCCUGCAGACCCUUCAAACCCGCCUCCACGACCUGAUCAGAGACACGUUUGGCAGCCAUCCCGACGCACAUCUCGACUGCUUCCUCCUCCCCGAGCUGGAGAUCCUGACCGAGUUUGACCGCUCCAGAAUCUGGUUCUCCCUGAACCCGGAACUUUUGGACACCAGAGAGGGGCUCGCUGUCCACGUCAUAUUGGAACGCAACGAGCUGGUUGCGGUCAUGCGGUGGGAUAGGACCAAGAGGAAGAAUUAUCGGAUCUCUAUGGAGGGCGUCACCGAGAUCCAACAGGCUGUUGUUCUGCACUGA